AUGAAUGGGUAGAUCAACAUUGAAACAGACAUCUUUGACAGGAUCAAUUUGACAGUAGAUCAGAGAUUGAUAAUUACUCUUAAUAAUUAUUAUUCUCAUAAGUUGCCUCUUUUUUUGAUUUGUAGAAGAUCGCCCUCAUUUCCAAGGAUUCCUGAUUAUUUUGCAAUUCAAAACAAUUAAUGUGUUGCAGAUCUAAAUUCCUAUGAUUUUGGAAAACCCACUUAAACAAUAGUUGUUGAAUUUAAAGAAAAAGAUAAUAGUUACAUGAAUAUAAUCUAAUUGAAAAAAAACACAAGAGCCAAUAUAAUUGUUGUUUUGGAGUAGAGAAGUGAUUUCAUGAUUAACUUUGACAUUCAAAACAAAAAUGAAUGCUAUGUGUAAUUUAUCAGCUAAGAAUUGUAGACCAUGCCAAAAUUAAGGGAUGUGCCUAAAUGGCUCGUGCUAAUGUGUAGCAGGAUAUAUAGGCAAUGA